AUGUUCUGCCCCGCUCUGAUCACCUUAGCAGCUCCUCCUGAUGUAUGGGAAGGCUCAGCAAAGUACCAAUUUGGUUGGGUCCUGUCAGCAGUCCACAGUGAUCACUUCCUGGAUGCUCGAAUGCUCUACGUUCUCCUUCUUCGACUAGCUCUCUCCCUCCGCCUUGCACUUAAUACAGAUACCAGCAUUCCUGCUCUUCAACACCAUUGUGCAUUCUGGAAGACUGGUGUUUGCUGGAGCACAUCUCACGGUGUCAAAAUGGUGGUGGAAAUCUCCAACAAGAAGCACGCUCUUGUUCUAAUGCAGGCACAAGAGCUUUCCUUGGAUUUCUUCGAUCUUCGUUCAACUGUGGUCGGUAAAGUGGUUGAGGCUAGAAAGCAGUUUUGUCGUUCUACUGAGGUUAACGAGUUAUUCCUAUCGCCUGCCAGUGUGACAUAUCCUCUCAGCAUCUCUGAAGCUCCCACAUUCAACAUCAAUCUAGUGGCAGAAAGUAUUGUUAAACAACAUCGCUACGUUGUUUCAACUAGUGGGACCUUAAGUUUGUCUGUGGCUGACUUUCUUCAUGCUGAAGUGUACGCUGAUCUCGGUGAGAAUAUUCUACAGCUUCUGUUCAAUCCAGCACACAAGGAACUGUCUGAUCGAUUCAUCUCGGCCCUUCCAACUUGUUGGAACAAGAAUCCUCGACUGGCUGAUAUCGUACGCACAGCUAUUACUGAGAAUGCCAGCGCUGCAUUUCAAGAAUGCAAUAAUCUCGAUGAUGUUCUGAAAGUCUGGAAGAGCACUGGAGAUUCCAGUGGUGAAGCACUGAGAAGAAUUCUGGAUCCACUUAGUGUGUUUGCUGGACGAAACCCUCUCGAACUGACUGGUGUUGCUGCUAAGGAGACUAGUGAUGAUCUACUACCAUCCACCACACCAACACCAAACUGUCCAAGCAUAGCCUCUCUCCCUGUGGUGGCUGGAGCAGCUCCAAGGUCAGUGAGUGAGGGGACUCAAGUCAGAGAGGAAGUCACUCAAACCGCACACACUGAAGGUGAAUCAGUGGUGGGUGGUCUAACACUGGCUGCUCUAAAGAGGAGGACUGGAGUCAGUGACACACAGCUGGACACUGAGGUCAUAGAACACGACACUCAUAUCCUAGCCGGCUGCUUCGAUAAUCUAGAGAACUAUCUCGACCAGUUACGCUUGUCUCCCGGCCAACAAACUCACCUUCAUGAUCUAGCUGUCAAACGAGACAUUCAAACUGCAAUGGCAAAAGCUUUGAAGCUGUGGCGUGCCCCCAAUCCUCUUGUUGCCACGUUCCGAGCUCUGUUGAUCAUCUUACUGGAUCUCAAGAGAGGAGACGUGGCUGUUAGGGUGUGUCAGUACAUUGUCGACAGAGUUCCACAAUAAUUAUGGACACUCAACACUUUCCUAGUAUAGUCUCUGCUGUGUGUUUAGUACCACACUCACACAAUAUCCUGUUCUAGUUUCUGUACUCAAUUAUGACACUUAUAAUUAUUCACAGAUAUUAUUAUUCUGAUUUACUAUGCACACAGUUUUAGAUUGUCCUGUUUAGUACAAACUCACGCAAUAUCCUUUAAUCCUGUUCACACCUUCUAGUUUUUGUAUUCAAUUAGCUAGAACACUUAUAAUUAAUAAUUUUACAGAUAAUUAUUAUAUACUUAUUAUUCUGAUUUACUAUGUAUACAUAGUUUUAUAAUUAUUAUAUAAUUAUAGUUGAUUAAUAAUUAUUAGCAUCA